AUGUACAUCCUUGUCUUCUCUGAGGCUCACCUGAGACUCAAACUGCCAUUCUUCUCCGACUCUUUGCUCGGAGCUGUACAUUUGUAUGGUCCUCUCGGCCUCGAUACGAUUUUGGACUUCUGCACGUUUCUGCAGACCAGCCUGCAAGAGGUCGAUCCCAAAGAAUGCAUAUGCCUGACAUGUUCCCGGAGACCUGGAGCUGUGUCCAACUCCCUGCUGCUUCUUGGGGCGUUCUUGGUCCUUGAACAGCAAUGGUCUGCUGAGGAGGUGAUCAGUCUCUUGGACGAAGAGGGUGGACGAAUCUCGCCGGUGGAGCUGCGGUUUCCGACACCCUUCACAGCAAAGCCACACUUCACAGCAGAUUCGCUCAGACUGGAAGAUUGUCUCCAUGGCCUGGAGACGGCAGUCACGAAGGGAUGGCUGGACCGAAGCCAGGAGAGGCGCGCAACGGCAGCGGCUUUUGAUGCUGUGCCAGUCUUCUCAGUGGGUUUGGAUUGCCAAAGCUUUGAGCAAAUAGCCUCAAUCCGCUUCUGGAUAGCGGCUGAUCCCGUGACGACGGUUGAGGAUUCUUCCAAGCGGCCAGAUCCAGUUCGAAAGUGCCAUACAGUCCACGCCAUGCACAACUUGGUCCCCGACUCUCCUUCCACCGCAAUCACUGGUCCCUCCGAGCACAGCGCCAACAGCUUACCAAAGUCAAUCUCAGAUCCAGGUGCCAUCUUUUCACCAUUGUCUUGCAAGAGCAAGCAAGAUAUCGUGUGCCUCUUCAAGUCCUUCUCGCAUAUUCACACAGUGGACGAUGAUGGAAUACCGGCUGCGACACCCAAGCAAGUGUGGAAAGAGCGCGCGAAGCGCCUCGAGCGGAGCCGCGGCCAACCAAUCUCUGCCCUGUUCUCGGAGACACACACCCUCCCUACAAAGGUUCAUACCUCAGACGGUACCGGUGCUAUGAAGCGUCCAGCAGACCUGCCGGCAUUUGCCAGCUUCUUGCAAGAGCGAGGUUGUUCCUUGCUGGUGCGAGGAAACUACAGCAACGAAAGAGGUUUGCCAGCUGGGGGUUCCUACGGUGAUUUCUUUGACAGGCGGGGUGUUCGGCAGCUUGACAUGCCUUUCGAGGACGGUACUGCACCACCAUCGAAGCUGGUGUCAAACCUCAUCGCAGCAGUCGAAGCGCUGCUGAAAGACAUAAGCUCCGACGAGGCGGAAAGCCAGCACAAGAAGCACGAGUCGGGACACUACUCGGUUGUGGUUCACUGCAAAUCCGGCCUUGGACGAUCUAUGUCCUUGCUGGCUGCGCUGGCAGUGGCGUUCUGUCCAGGCCUUACUGCCGGUGCCUUCUUUGGCUGGGCACGCCUGGUGCGGCCAGCCUGUCUGCAGACUCCACCGCAAGAGCGUUUCUUGCGAUCGCUGGAUGAGAAGGACGAUCUUUGCAGCUGCCUCUUCGCCUGCUUUGGCAGAUCUCGACCGACACCAAUGCUGCCGUCCGCGAAGCAUAGCUGA